UCUUUCGUUUCUAGUUCUUCUCUGUUCAAUCACAGAAUAUACCGAAUAGAGUCUCUAUUAAACACAACAUCACCAAAAUAUAUGUGGGUUCAUCUUUUGCUUACCUUUCCAGUGAUUUGAUUUCAAGGAUCAUACCAAAUAUUUGAAGAAGUUUCCAUGGGAGGACAAACUCCAUCCAAAGCUGACUUCUUUUUGUGAUUUUGUCUACAAAGGAUGACAUUUCUGUCCAAUUACUGAUUGCGGAACCAUCUAUGCCACUGCCCACGCACUUCCCGUAACACUUCACGCGCCUCCACCACAUCAAUCGCCGCUGCCAACCCAGCUACCCGUUGUAGACUUUUUUUGCUUUAUUUGACUGUUUCUCAUUUGUCUCUUUUCUCGCUGUACGUCGUUUUGUUCUUUCACUCACCCUCCUGAGUCCCUACUUCACUCUCCUGUCACCUCCGCCGCCGCCGCCACCACCACCGGAACCAGCGGCGAAGCUCUAUGGUUUUGUCUUUCUUUCUUUGUUGGAGGGUGUGUGAAGAUCUGAUACUGCGUUGAGGGGGGAGAGGUGGGGGCGUAUUUAUGAGUCCAAAGCCUCUGAUGAGAAGAAGAUGGGUGGAGUCACCUCAUCAAUCGCCGCGAAGUUCGCUUUCUUCCCACCGAAUCCACCCUCCUACAGGGUUGAAGCCGACGAGUCUUGUGGCGGUCGCUUGUGUAUUCCAGAGGUGCCAAGGAGGGACAACGUGGACGUGCUGAGGCUCCGGACUAGCCGCAGCAACGAAGUCGUAGCUGUACAUAUCAAGCAUCCCAAGGCGUCUGCCACUCUACUCUACUCCCAUGGAAAUGCCGCCGAUUUAGGCCAGAUGUUUGAGCUCUUCGUCGAAUUGAGCAAUCGCCUUCGCGUUAAUCUUAUGGGGUAUGAUUAUUCUGGCUAUGGACAAUCGACUGGGAAGCCGACUGAGUAUAAUACAUAUGCCGAUAUAGAUACAGUAUAUAAAUGCCUCAAGGAGCAGUAUGGGGUUAAAGAUGAACAAUUAAUAUUAUAUGGUCAGUCUGUUGGUAGUGGGCCCACUGCUGAUCUUGCUUCGCGUUUGCCAAACUUGAGAGCUGUGGUUCUACAUAGCCCAAUAUUGUCUGGAAUGAGGGUGUUGUACCCUGUCAAACGGACAUUUUGGUUCGACAUUUACAAAAAUAUUGACAAAAUUGGUAUGGUGAACUGCCCGGUUCUCAUAAUUCACGGAACAGCUGAUGAAGUUGUUGAUUGCUCCCAUGGGAAGCAGCUUUGGGAGCUGUGCAAGGAGAAGUAUGAACCUUUAUGGGUAAAUGGAGGUGGGCAUUGCGACCUUGAGCUUUAUCCUGAAUUCAUUAGGCAUCUGAAAAAAUUUGUGUUGAGCCUUAGCAAAUCGAAACGAGGCUCGAAUGCUUCUAAAACAACAAAAUCAAACGGUGAUAAUCAGAGCAAAGCUUCAGACAGUGGCGCUUUGGACACUUUUGAAUUGGGUGAUGACCUUCCAGAGGUCUCUAGAAACAGUUUAGAUAGUAGACUUGAGAAGUCAAAGAAAUCAAAUAAGCCUGAAAAGUCUCGGAUGAGCACUGACCAUGUCGAUAGGUUUAGGACGAAAAAGGGCGUAGUUUGGUGAUUAGUCAUACGUAGAACGUCUGAAAUAAGGUUGUGCAUAUUUUGUCCACCUGAUAGUUUCUUUCUAUUGUAACUUAUGGGGAUAAAUCUGCUCCAAGUUUUCAGAUUUGAGUGUGAAAUGUUGCGUAAAUGUAAUGUAUUUGUAUGCAUACUCUGUAAAAGAAUUAAGAUCAAUGAAUUCUUGCUUUUCAAUCUCUCUUUUAAAA